AUGGCACCUAAAAAGGAUAAAGCUAAAAAAGAAGACGAUAAAGCAGGAGCUUUCAGUGAAGUGGAAAGAACAUUUUUGGAACAACAAGUGGCCGAAUGUAACCGAAAAAUUGCGAGACUUAGAUCCGCUCUUGACGAAUAUGAAACUCGAAAUGAGGAGCUACAAAGUGCUUACGAGAAAUUGGAUGAAGAUAGAGCUGAUAUAAUUGCCUAUUUGAAAAAAGUACUUAAUGUGAAGAACGAAGAAAACUGUGAACUGAAAGAAAAAGUAAAAGGGCUUGAAGAAAUAAGAGAUAUAGAGAGCGCUCAGUUUCAUGAAAAGGUAGACGAGCUUGAAAAAAAUUUCACUAUUAUGAAAGAUCAACUCACAUCUGAAAAUAAGUUGCUUGCGGGCAAAUUAAACACUCUUGAAGAGUUUCGUGCAAUUAGAGAUGAUUUAAUGAAGAAAUUCGAAAAACAAGAAAAAGAUUUCGAAGACCAAGAGAUGAAGUACAAAAGAAUAAUUUACGAUGCUGAGAAAAAGUUUGUGAUCGGGAAAGAUAAACUAAAAAAAGAAAUGGAAGCAAGACUUUUACAGUUGGCUCAAGAUUUCCAAGAUGCUACUGAACUCAGAGUCGCCGCAUCUACGCAUAGGGUUAUAAGGGAAAAUAUAGCCAUAAGUAAUGAGUUGAAUACUAUUUUAUCGACCCAACAAAAAAUUUCAGAUCAAAAUGAGAUGUACAAAGAAAGUACUAGAUCUGCAAUUAUUACGAAGCAAUUAGCAGAAGAAGAACGAGAUAAAGCUAUUAACAAGAACAUUGUACAACGUAAAGUGAUUGACAAACUCACAUCAGCUUUCGAAAGUAUUAAAGUAGAGAAACAAAUAUUUGAGAAGAAAAGUUACGAUUUUGAAAGUCUCCAAGCAAAAAUACAAAAUCUGACAAAGGAAAAUGAGAAUUUAACUUUACGAAUACGUAUUCUAGAACAAAAUUUGCAUGUUAAACUAACCGAUCAAAAUAAAGCUGUCGUGAACGCUUCAAAUAUAACUAAAGAGCGUGAUAAAUAUCGGGAUAUUUUACAAGAAGCUGCUAUUGCUAUUCAAGCUGCUUUAAAACUAGAUCAGUGGGCUCAAACUAAGCAUGAAGAACGUGUAACAGAUAGGCAGUUGCUUCUUUCAAACCUACUUCAAAUUGUUUCACAAUUUCGUGAAAUACGAGAAUCAGAAUCAAUGAAUACUCUAGCUUCGUUUACUAAGGUUUACGAUGAAGGUGAUCUAGGAUUUGUUCCUAAAUCAGCACCUAAAAAAAAAUUGUCAGGAUCGUCUACUCUCUCUACUAUGCCAUGUUUUCAAACACAACAAGAAUUAUUAAGAAAAGAAUCAAAGAGAAGUGUUAUUACUACAUCUUUAUCAGUCGGUUCGGUUAAUAGUAGUAUAAGAACGAGCCCAAGUAUUCAAAUUUUGCCUGAAAUUUCACAUGACAAUAUGCUAGAAUCUAAAGACAGCGUCAAGUCGUUCAUAACAUCAAAAGAAUCAACUUCUGUUGAAGAAGAAUCUGAAAUUGAUCAGAAAAAUCUAUCCGAUGUAGAAAAGCUGUUAGAAGAUAGUAAGCUUGCGAUUCAAAGAUCUAUAUUAAAAGAUUUGGCACUUUCUCAACAAGAAUUUAAAAAAUCAUCGCUAUCUUUAGCUCGUGCAACUUCAAUGCCAAGCAUAACAAUGUUGACUAAGAAAUCUGUGACUAUAAUGGACCGUGCUCAAGAUGUAACAAAAUCAAAUAUUGCUACUAAUAAUGAAUCAAAUACUGCUACUAAUAUAAGUAGUGAGGAACAAAAAGAUGAUGAUGUUACAAAGGACGAUGAAGAGUCAGUAGUAUCGAUCGAUUUGAAUGUUGAGACGGAAGUACCUGAAGAACUAUCAAAGCAGCAAGCAGGGGAAGAUAAACCUGAAUAA